UCAAGAUGGCGUCAGGUCGCAGUAAGGAUGUUAUUUGCCGGUCCGGUCCGACUGUUUAAGGGGUUUUGACUUGUAAAAAUGCAAUUGAAUUAAAGGUCUGAAGAGAUGUUAUGCUGAUGGUCCAGGAGAGGAUUUUAAACGAGAAGAGACGAUGAUGGAUACAUUUAUGCCCUUCAUAUGAGACAGAUCCGGCGGGUCAACAUCCUCGCUGGAGGGGAGCUUUAGGAUUCGGGCUGCUGGUCGAUGGGUUAUUCACCCACUGGGAUCCACAAGAGCCACAUUAUUUCAGAUCAUUGUGUAGCUUCUGGUGUGAAGUAGCUGAUGGUGGAGUCAACAUCCACUGGAGUCAGGGGUGCUGAGGAGAGCAGACCACCUCCCCAUAUCACUGAUGAUGUCACGGACACACGAGAGAACAUAAUGCAGGGCAUCAUCUCCAAUACUGACACAUCACACAGACAGAGAAGUCAACCACACACCGCCCAGGACCAGGAUCUUCUGUGCUCUGCUGCAGAAAAAGCAGAUUAUGAGCAGGAUUGUCCAGGCCAGGACUCAUCCACACCGCACGGCACAAAUCUGCAAAACGGCCACACCGAGGAUGAGGUUCCAAACUCAUCUCAUCUUUCAGGAAGCUGCUGUAACUUAACACAUGACGGUGUGAAUGGUGAAGUGUCUGCAGACACCAGAGAUAGCACUUUGAUCAAUAAUGAUGAUGUUGGGACUGAAUCCUCUCCCUCCACUCCUUCAUCCAGUCAGUCAAAUUCUCAUUCUGAAGUAACAGAACCACCUCAAGAUACCUGUGUCAACAGAGCAACCAGGUCAAAGCAUAAUUCCUAUCCUCAAAAUUCAGUUUCUAAUCACAGCGAUGUGUGCAGAAGUUCUCCUGAUGCAGAACCGUACAGGAACUCCCCAGGAUGUCCGUCAGCUGCUGUGUCUCAUUCACUCAGGACGUUUUCCUCCAGCACACAUCUCAGCUCUGAAUCCACAUCUCUGAGUCCAGAUGAUGGUGAGAUCUUUCUCAACUCAGACAAACCAGAUGGAUUAACUUUCAUGGAUGUGAGUUUGAUCUCCAGGAACACGUAUGAAAUCAGUCGACGUCAGAGCGCACCAGAUAACAUCCCUGCGGCCAUAAGUGUCGCUGCUGAGCGAAAGCAUGGCAUGUCUGAGAUGUUCAGCAGAAGUCUGUUCUCCAGAAAGCAGAGAGAGACCCCGAGUGCCCCCGGAUGGAAGCUGUUUGGUAAAGUUCCACUGAGAGAGAGUCCACCUAAAGACUCCAAAACUAUUCAACAGGACAGUAACCCAGGCAAUCUCACAUCUGUAUCUACACCUGAUCUCUUAACUUCAGCGGAGUAUGAAGCCAAGGCGGCAAAAUCCAGCCAGAGUCCAUCCCUGCCUUCUCAGAGUCGACGUAAGAACCUAGAGUUUGAACCUUUAUCCACCACUGCGCUCAUACUUGAAGACCGCCCUGCGAACCUGCCCGCUAAGUCAGAGGAAGAGGCUCAGCGCCACCGUCAGGAGUAUGAUGACAUGGUGGCUGAGGUGAAGAAGAGAGAGCUGAAGGAUGCUCAGAAGAAGAAGAAACAGAUGAAGGAGCGUUUUAAACAGGAGGAGAGUAUCGCUAAUGCUAUGCUGGUGUGGAACAAUGAGAUUCUUACCAACUGGGAGAACAUGCGUGGGACGCGACGCGUGAGAGAUCUCUGGUGGCAGGGCCUGCCACCCAGUGUGAGGGGUAAAGUCUGGAGUCUAGCCAUUGGGAAUGAACUAAACAUAACCUCAGAUCUGUAUGAGAUCUUCCUCUCACGAGCAAAAGAACGCUGGAGGAGUUUCAGGGAGACAGGCAGUGAGCUGGAGGCAGAUGUUGAUAAUGGGGCAUCAGUAGCCGACCGUGAGUCCAGUCUAGAUCUGAUCAGACUGGACAUCUCCCGCACGUUUCCAUCACUCUUUAUCUUCCAGAAGGGUGGACCCUACCACGAUCUCCUGCACAGUGUACUGGGUGCUUACACCUGCUACAGACCUGAUGUGGGAUAUGUUCAGGGAAUGUCUUUCAUAGCUGCCGUGUUGAUUCUGAAUCUGGAUGAAGCUGAUGCUUUUAUCGCCUUCGCCAACCUCCUGAAUAAACCCUGUCAGAUGGCUUUCUUCAGAGUGGAUCAUGAGCUGAUGCUGAAGUACUUUGCAGCAUUUGAGGUGUUUUUUGAAGAAAACCUGCCCCGACUUUUUAAUCAUUUUAAGAGUUACAACCUCACACCUGAUCUGUAUCUGAUAGACUGGAUCUUUACCCUGUACAGUAAGUCUCUACCGUUAGACGUGGCUUGUCGGGUAUGGGAUGUGUUCUGUAGAGACGGUGAGGAGUUUCUCUUCCGGACGGGUCUGGGGAUCCUGCGGCUCUAUGAGGAGGUUUUGCUUCAGAUGGAUUUUAUUCAUAUCGCUCAGUUUCUCAGCAGACUGCCGGAUGAGACGUCCCCUGAACGCCUCUUCAGCUCCAUCGCCAACACUCACAUGAUCAGCUAUAACAGGAAGUGGACGCAGGUUUUUAAUCUCCUCGUAAAGGAUAAAGAUAUGGAGAAGACCAGCACACCUGCAGUGAAAAACCCCUGAAUCUCAUCUGAGACUUGAACAGGAUUAUGAAGAAGACACAGCUAUAGUCAGUAUUACAGACACAAAGACAAAAUAACACUUUUAUGAUAAAAAAUAAAAACUUUUAUCAUAAACACUUGAAAAAAUGUCCACCAGCUUUGUCUUGUACUGUAUCAGAUACCAGCGUCAGUUCAAAUUGGUUUUCUAUUAAAAGAAAAUCUGUCACUGACUGAUGUGUUUUAACAAUAUAACCAUUUUAUAUGCUGAUCAAGUUUUAAAAUAAUUUCCUUUUGAGCCUGUAAAUGCACUUGUGACUUUAACAUUUGACAUGAACACUAUUCAUGAUGAGUUAUAGAAGUGAAGGAUGUGAUUAUUUCUGAAGUGCUUUUUCUUUUAUUGUGCAAGAUUUAUUGAAGUGCAGUAGUAUUUGUUAAAAGAAGUUGUUAUUGAGCCAUUCACAAAUAAUGUAUGUAAGUGUUUAAAAUGUUUCAUAACAUCUUGCUGCUGCUUGCUGAAAAAUUGAGAGUUCAGAUACAAAAGCUGCUAAACGUCACCUCCGUCAAAAAUGUGAUGAAGAAAUUUACUGAUUGCUCUCAGCAUUCACAUAUUAUAUGUUCAUCAAACACUUUCCUUUCAAAUCCGCCUAAUCUUAGCCUCAGGUCAUUUAGAAAUAACGCCUUGUUGGCAGAAUCCAUUAAAAGAACCUGUCAGACACAUUUAAGAAGGUUUUGCAUCUGAACUCUUCAUUUAUUUAUCCAAAUCAAAAUCUUCUUGUGCUUUAUAAAUGUUUUCUUUUAAAACACUAAUAUGUAGCUUACUCCUGAAGCCCACAGAUCACAGAGAUAUGUGGCUAUAUAAUAUAAUGUUUGUCAUGUUUUGUAUGUUGAGUUUGUUUUUAAAUUAUUUGAUUAAUACAUUGAUUCUCAGUGUGGAUUUGAAACAGUCUGUUUAUAUUGGGUAUGUAAACAUUUGACUCUUAAUGUGAAAUGUAACUAAUGUCACUCAAACACUCUUGGUUUUAUUGUACAGUUUUCAUACUCAAGUGAAGGUUUGUAAAUAUCUGACCUAAAUGACACCAUCAAAUUUAAUUGUAAAUAAAUUUGAGACUGAAAUUCUUUUGUUUGUUUUUUUUUCUUUAGUUCUUGAAGAAAAUAA